AUGAUCUAUCUGCUGUACCUCUACUCCAGCACGACAUUCAUCAGAUACAACUUCUGUCACCCGGAUACCUGCCGUUAUACGGCCGUUCCGUCGCCAGACUGGUUUGAGCACUGCUUGGACCCGUCUCGUCGUUGCGGUCACGGCAAUGCAGGCGUGGAGGAGGCUGUUACGGAGCCGGACAGAAGCGAGUCUCUGUCGGAUGAGGACCAGGAAAAGACUGCUAUUCCAAAGGCACGCAUAGGAUCCAAGCCACACUCGACACCCCAAACGUUGAAAUGGUUGGAGGAGAACUAUGAGAUAGCAGAAGGGGUGUGCAUCCCCCGCUCAACCCUGUAUCUCCACUACCUGGACUUCUGUGAGAAGAACGACACCCAGCCAGUCAACGCCGCCAGCUUUGGGAAGAUAAUCCGCCAGCAGUUUCCUCAGAUCACAACACGGCGACUCGGAACCAGAGGCCAAUCCAAGUAUCAUUACUAUGGAAUUGGUGUACGUGAAAACUCCCAGUACUUCGAGGUCAUGUACUCUGCCAAAGCGGCACAAGGAGCCGGGGACAACAAGAAGGACGGUUCAAAACAGAUGGUGGCGUAUUCCCCGAGGUCCAAGCUUGGCACCCUUCUUCCGGACUUCCCCGACAUAAAAGACGUCAAGAUCCCACCUAACAUCGAUGAAUCCAAGGUGGUCACGUUCCUGAUGAUGUACCGUACACACUGUCAGAGAAUACUUGACACUGUCAUCAGAGCAAACUUCGAAGAGGUCCAGAGCUUCCUUCUCCACUUCUGGCAGGGGAUGCCGGCCCACAUGGUGCCGAUCCUGGACUGCCAGUCUAUCGUUAUGCUGGUGGGCGUGUGUGACUCCAUCCUGUACAAGGCUAUAGCCAGCGUCCUAAUGCCCACAGUGUUACAGGCACUGCCAGACAGUUUGACACAGGUGAUUCGGAGGUUUGCCCGCCAGCUGGACGAUUGGCUCAAACAGGCUCUGGACACACUUCCAGACUGUCUGCAAAGAACAAAAUUUGACCUGGCGAGGCGGUUCGCCCAGGUGCUGCGGCGACAGACGUCCCUGAACCACCUGUGUCAGGCGGCCCGAAGUGUCAUUCACAGCUCCGACAUCACUCUACAGAUGCUGGACGACUGGCUCAGCGUCGACCUCAGCAGCAUCGUCAAGCAGACCCUCUACACCAUGGACCACUACUCGGAGCGGGAGCAUGAGACGAUAUUCAAUUUGUGCACGGAGUUCGAGCGUCUCCUGGAAGAGCAGGCCCCGAUCGAGUCUUACAUAGAGUGGCUGGACAGCAUGGUUGACCGCUGUGUCAUACAGCCCAGUUUGAAGAAGUCGGGGACGAUGCGCCGAUUAGCUCGUCAGUUUCUGCUGAUGUGGUCCUGCUUUGGGACCAGGGUCAUCCGUGACAUGACGCUCCACAGCUCGCCCAGCUUCGGCUCUUUCCACCUCCUGCACCUGAUGUUUGACGACUAUGUGAUGUACCUGGUAGAGAACCUAUACUGUCAAGAGCGAGCUAACGACUUCCUGCGAGCUAUCAAGGGAGAGAACUCAGACAAUCCAAUAGAAGAUAUCAUUCUUCCAGAUCCAAGUGUUAUCAAGGACAGCUUGUUAUCACCUGCUGACACGGCGACCUUGACACCUACGAUACAAGAACGAGGCUCUGUCAUCACGAAUGCACGCAAUGUCAUGGGUCACAUGUCAGCAUACGAUGAUGCUAGCGGAGUGACGUCAUCAUCGUGCAGCGAGAGACUGACCAAUCAGAACAAAGUGACGCCAGACUCGCCUCGGUCUCGACAUCAAAUCCCUGUCUCACAAAGCAAUAACCAAGCGGUGUUCCAGUCUUGUGCUUCUUACAGUGCCCCCUACAGUCAAGGUCACACAAAAAGUACGCAUGCGCAUCCCGGAGGUCAAGUGCAAUACAACUAUGACGUCACUUCCGGACAGAUGCCUGGUCAGCUGACAGACGAGACCGUAAGACAGGUUGCAAUGUCACAGUCCGCCAUGCGCAGUGGGGGUAUUGGUACGGACUGGUCGCUAAGCAACCACCCGAGGCAACAAACGACAAUGAACGAAAAUGUCCCCCCUCUGAUUAAGAUGAACGAAACCCACGGCUACACUUCUCCGUUCCCCCCAUCCACCCGACAGUCAGGCAUGGAAUGCGGAGCCUACAACUACGAGAACGUUGGAAAACCUGCACCACAGACAGCUCCGGACAACAGCUCCUACGGUUACCAUGGAUACACCCCCCGUCGGCGAUUUUUAUAACUUCACGGAUCCCAACUCAAAGCGAAAAUUGGAAGAAGACACAUUUUUUCGAUCGUAUAAGAGACAGACAAAGGACUUCUAUUAUGAAAAUAUUCCUGGAGGUUUCGCCCAGAUGUAAUUGAUGUGACAGAGUGGAUGGGUGUUAUUUAUUUGAAAACAGUGCUAUAAGUAUGUAUGUUGUUGCGAGGAUGUUCAAUGUAAAAAUAAUUCUGUGUUGGGAACCUGUUAUGUACUUGUCCUUAAAUCUUGACAUUUUGUCAAUUUUAUGAUAUCUGAUAUCUUCCAACGACUAUCAAGACCAACAUGGAAAUAACGACUUUCAGGCACGCGCUAUUUAAGUCAUUUAUCACAGGCAGGAGAUCUAGCAAAGAUCACUAUUUCAGCGUGAACUGUAGUGAGUGAGUGAGUUUAGUUUUACGCCGCUUUUAGCAAUAUUCUGCAAUAUCAUGGCGGGGGA